CUCUGUCUCGUCCAUUGGAGCGUGGGCUGCCUGCAAAUUCCAGGCCUGGGCUCUGUGCAGCGAGUGACUCCCCCACCCCACCCCACCUUAGGCCCUUUCCCCAGCCUCUCUAAGCAUCCACAAAACAAGCCCCCCUGGCCUGAGAGCUGAGGGACAGGACUGGGACAAAAGCAGCACCUUCUCUGGCCUCCCGCUGCAGCCUUGCAGCUCACUCACUCUUGCCUCUCCCAGGUGCACCUGGCCUGCCUGGCCCUGCCCGUAGGUGGCACACAAGUGGGGGUGGCAUGCCAGGAACUGUGCAGGAGAGAGGAGAGAGCUGCCAGAGACAGUGAGAGGAGAGCACCGAAGGAGGAGGAGCGGCAGCUGCAGCAAAAAGUUCAGCUUGGAAAAAGAAAAACAGCUGUCAGAUAAAAGUACCUUCCUGGGCUGCCUGCAAAGGAGGGCCAAUCUGCCUGGCCUCCAAGGGGACUGGGGCCUUGGUCAAGGGCCUGGUGUCUUCCCACCCACCUGACACACCAUGGCGAAGGAUGGGGGCUGCUGCAACCUGUGUGCCACUUGCCUGCUGUGCCUUUACAGCUGUCGCUGGACUCGUAGCAAGAAGGGUUUGGCAACCAGCAAGUGUGACUGUGCCUGGUUCUUCUUCCUCUUCUGCGUGUGCCUUUUCACCUUGGCCUGGCUCUAUCUUGCCCUUGUCACCCUCAACGAUUUCCACAACCUCAAUGAGUUCAUUUUCCGCAAGACAGAGUGGUGGCUUGACUGGUCGGUGGUGAUGCUGUCUGGAACAGCGACUCUGGUCACAUUCUCCUCUCUGCUCCUGGUUCUGGCACUCUGCCUGCAGCUCUGCCACCAGCCCCUGAAGCUCCAUUGGCUACACAAGGGCCUCCUGAUCCUGACAACACUUGUGGUGGUAGCUGCUUUUGUGGGGAUGGAGAUCCAGUGGGCAGAGCAAUGGGAAAGUGCCCGCAUCUCCCUGCAGGCGACGGGUCCCUUCCUUCACCUCGGAGCUGUGGUGGGCAUGACACUGCUGGCCUGGCCGGUGGCUGACUGUUUUUACCGUGCAUCCCACUCAGCCCUCAGAGUACUUCUCCUGCUGCUGUAUCUGGGAACAGUACUUGCUUUGUACUUGGCUCCACUGGGCAUUGACUCCCCCUGUCUUUUGGAGCAUAGCCAGCUGCCCCCCAAGCCUGCUCUGUAUGGGCACCGUGGAGCUCCUAUGCUUGCACCUGAGAACACUCUGAUGUCCUUUCGGAAGGCAGUCAACUGUGGCGUGAGCGUCUUGGAGACGGAUGUCCUGGUGAGUGCUGACGGGCUCCCUUUCAUCAUGCAUGACGAGAAGCUCCUCCGGACCACAAACGUGCAAGAGGUCUUCUCUGCUCAGGCACAUUCCAACGCCAGCUCCUUCAACUGGACGCAGCUGCAGCAACUUGAUGCUGGCAGCUGGUUCCUGCAGAAGCGGCCCUUCCCUCCAGCGCAACGCCUCUCGAAUGAAGAACAGGCCCUGGCACGGGCGCAGCGGAUUCCGUCUCUGAUGCAGCUUCUGGGUGAGGCCAAGAGGCACAACGUGUCCGUCAUGUUUGACUUGCGCCCUGUGGAAGACCCCCAGUACGAGCACCUCGUCAAUGUCACUGUGGAGACCAUCCUCCAAUCCGGCAUUGCCCCAGAGCUGAUCCUGUGGCUGCCUGAUGAGUUUCGAGACCAAGUGAAGCAGCAGGUGCCCAGUUUCCGGCAGGUCUAUGGCCGGAAGAGGCUGAGCAAUGAAACGAAGGUGCCACUGCAUGUUAACCUGCCCUACCAAAAUCUGAGCGACACAGAAAUCAGGGAAUAUCGCCGUGACAACAUCUCUGUCAACCUGUAUGUGGUGAAUGCCCGUUGGCUCUUUUCGAUUCUGUGGUGCGCAGGGACCAGCUCCGUCACCACCAAUGCCUGCCAGGUGCUGCAGAGGAUGGAGCGUCCCCUCUGGCUGCUGCCUCGUGCCACAUACCAAAUGAUCUGGAUUGUGACGGACUGCGUCUCCUUCCUGCUGAUUGCCUGGGCCUUCCUGUUGCUGAAAAGAUGGUCCCGGAGAAAAGAGUCAGCAGGUUCUGACUCGGAUGUGCUCCUAACAAAGAUCCACAGCCUGUUGUCUGAAUAACAUCUUAGCACAAAGAGAACACGGGCAUUCCUGCCUUCAGGGGAGCCCUCUCGCCUUUCAAAAUGCCUUUUCUGGGGAUGGCUUCUGGCUGGCUGCAGGGACCUGGUUGUGGUGGCCUCUGUUCUCCAGAGCCAAAAGGAGCAGCAGUCAUGUUACCUCUGGGCAGGUCGGACUGGACUCAUGCAGUUCAACUUGUGGGUGUUUGGGUGCCCAGUUUCUCUUUCAACAUGGCCCAGAUCUUGAAAAUGCUGCAAGAACGAUGUACUGGCUGGGAUAGAGAACCGCAGCCUCCUGCAUUGUGUUCUCCUUGGUGCGGGACGUGACAGAAGUAUUUUUUUAAGUGCCUCUGAAACAGUUGUCAAUAAAGCACCCUACAUGGUUUGGGAACACUAAGGCAGG